GUGACAACACGGCAAAGCACUUUGGUCGGGCUCCGCCUGUGGCUAAGGUGUUAGCUCAUAAGUAGCUUUCAAGCUUGUUGUGGAUGCGGAUAGUCAGGCUGUGAUAGACAGUUGACGACUUGAAACUUGUAAUCAGAGGAAGAUGAGGCUGAAAGAGAUCCAGAGGACUGCCCACCAGGCGUGGAGUCCUGCAGGACACCAUCCCAUCUACCUGGCCUUAGGAACAUCGGCCCAGCAGCUUGAUGCUUCUUUCAAUACCACAGCUGCCCUGGAGAUAUUUGAGAUGGAUUUUUCUGACCCCUCUCUGGAAAUGCAGCUAAAAGGGUCAUUACCCACCUCAAACAGGUUGCACAGUAUUGUAUGGGUGAACUUUGGAAUGGGAGCAGAUGGUACUGGAGGGAGACUGGUGGGUGGCAGUGAAAAUGGCACAUUGACAGUGUAUAACCCAGAGGACAUAAUGAGCUCUGGAGCAGAGGCUGUCGUGGGACAGUCUGACAAACACACUGGGCCCGUUCGAGCUCUCGAUUUCAACCCUUUUCAGAGUAAUCUGCUCGCAUCAGGAGCAAAUGAUUCUGAGAUAUACAUCUGGGAUCUAAACAACUUAAGCAGUCCAAUGACACCGGGAGCAAAGACACAGCCGGCUGAAGACAUCAGUGUCGUGUCCUGGAACAGGCAGGUUCAGCACAUCCUGGCCUCUGCCAACCCCAGUGGGAAAGCAGUUGUGUGGGACCUGAGAAAGAACGAGCCCAUCAUCAAGAUCAGCGACCACAGCAACAGGAUGCACUGUUCAGGAAUGCUCUGGCACCCAGAUGUGGCCACUCAAUUGGUGUUGGCGUCUGAAGACGACCGGCUGCCAGUCAUCCAGAUGUGGGACCUCCGUUUUGCCACAUCACCCCUUAAAGUCUUUGAGAACCACACAAGGGGAAUUCUGUCCAUAUCCUGGAGCCAAGCCGACUCUGAGCUCCUGUUGAGUAGUGCUAAAGACAACCGGAUCCUCUGUUGGAAUCCAAACACUGGAGAGGUAAUAUACGAGCUUCCAACAACGAACCAGUGGUGUUUUGAUGUCCAGUGGUGCCCCAGGAAUCCAGCCCUGCUUUCAACAGCAUCGUUUGAUGGGAGAAUCACUGUGUACUCUGUGAUGGGAGGGAGCUUGAAGACUCAGCAGCAAAGCACAGCUGAUAAGAUAUCCUCCUCAUUUGAUACAAUGGACCCCUUUGGUACAGGGCAGAUGCUGCCUCCCCUGCAAGUUCCUCAGCCAACAGCGCAGGACACCGUCAUUCCCCCUCUGAAGAAGCCACCUAAGUGGGUGCGCAGGCCAGUGGGGGCUUCCUUUGCUUUUGGUGGAAAGCUGAUAACCUUUGAGAAUCCCAAGCUGCCUCCAGUGCAGAGCCCCCAGCCCGUCCCUCGACAAGUGUUUGUGAGCCAGGUUACCACGGAGACUGAGUUCCUCCAGCGCUCCAGGGAGCUGCAGACGGCGCUGCAGUCGGGUUCAUUCAACAGCUACUGCCAGGCCAAGAUUCAGAACGCCAAGUCAGACGCUGAGCAGGACAUAUGGAAGUUCCUUCUGGUUAAUUUUGAGGAUGAAGCCCGCAUUAAAUUCCUCAAACUUUUGGGUUUCAGCAAAGAUGAAUUGGAGAAAAAGAUUUCAAAAUGCCUGGGGAAGAAUUUUCAACCCAACGGACAUGGAAUAGAUGCCAAAGAUCUGGCAGAAAAAAUGCAGCGGCUUUCCACUGAGAGGUCUGAGGAAGCCGCUGCAGUGGGUGAUGCUAGAACAUCAGGUUCUGUUUCACCAGCAGACUUCUUCAGUCAGACACCAAAGGAAAACUCCAACUUCCAGAUCCCUGUAUCAUGUGAUACUGAUGGGUUGAUAAGCCAGGCGCUGCUGGUUGGAAACUUUGAGGGAGCUGUAGAUCUGUGUCUGAAUGAUGGUCGCUAUGCUGAAGCCAUCCUCCUGUCUAUCAGCGGGGGAGAGGAGCUGCUCAAAAAAACUCAGCAAAAGUACUUAAGCAAGCAAAAGAACAGCAUUUCAAUGCUUAUAUCGUCUGUAGUGACCCAGAACUGGAGAGACAUAGUGCAAAGCUGCGAACUGGACAAUUGGAAGGAGGCUCUCGCUGCUCUUCUGACCUAUGCUCACCCUGAAGACUUUGCCCGUCUGUGCGAUACGCUGGGUGGCCGGUUGGAGUGUGAGGGGACAGAGAAGCGCUGCCUGCAGGCCUGUCUAUGUUACAUCUGCUCUGGGAACGUCGAGAAACUGGUGGAGUGCUGGGCCUUGCAUAGAGACUGCUCCUCCCCUCUUGGUCUAGAGGAUCUGGUUGAGAAAGUAAUGAUGCUACGUAAGUCAAUCGAACGCCUGCGCAACAGCGAGGUGGCAGUCCAGAGCCCCAUCCUGGCCGAGAAGCUCACCUGCUACGCCGGCAUUCUCGCUGCAGAGGGCAGUCUGUCCACUGCCAUGACCUACCUGCCUGAGAACUCCAACCAACCUGGGAUCAUGAUGCUGAGAGACAGGCUGUUGCACGCUCACGGAGAGGCUGCCGUUGGACAGCAGCCUCCAAACUUUGUCAACAGAGUCAGUGUGUCGACGACCAAGCCCACUCCUGCUGCUCAGGCUCCUGCACCAAAAGCACAAAUAAUGAGUCAGUACCAGCCCUCUGCCCCUUCCCAGAUGGCUCCACAACCACAGCCUCCUAUGCCAUCGGUGUUUACCCCACAACCUGCUCCAACCAACACUGGGCCUGGUCUGCCUCCCUCUUCUCAUGUACUGCCGCCCAGUGCAACCCGCCCAGCCAUAAGGCCUUCCUACCCACAACAUCCCGCUCCAGCUCCAGGUUUCCUUCCUCAUCAGCCAUUCCAGCCUCAGCCUAUGCCCAUGGGGGGACCCUCAGCCUUCCCUCCUCCAGGUCCUUCUAUGCCAGCUGCUAAUUUAUCAGGACCUCCACUACCGCCUUCGUCAUCAACUCCGGGAGGUCUGCCCCCCAUGCCCAGCCCCGGCGUGCCACCAACAAGCUUCAUGCCAUCUACCUCUUUACCCUCAGGCCUCAUGCCUCCCAGCUCCCAGCCUGGUGCCCCAGUUCCCAUGUACCCAGGGGGCCUCCACAACCAGGGGCCUGCGCCCCCCAUGGCUUCUGGUCCCUAUGCUCCCCUCGGAUCAGGGUAUCCACAGGGUGGCCCCGGAGCUCCUGCUGUAAAGCCCUUCCCGGGCCCUGCUGUCGCUCCUCCUCCUACAGGAUAUUUUCCCUGGCUGAAUUCCCAGUGUGACCUUCAAGGACCUCAAGAAGGCUGGAAUGACCCACCAGCAGUACGAGGUGGACCCAGGAAGAAGAAGGUCCCUGAUAACUACACUCCACCAGCCCCCAUCACAGCCCCAGUGAUGGGAUUCCCAGUGGAGGCUCCUCAGCCUCACGACCAUGCCCAAGUCCCCCCAGGAGCCCCCCAGGAGCCCAGCGUGCAGCUCCUCCAGCAGCUGCCAGCAGAGAGGGUGGAGCAGAAAGAAAUCCCAGCUGAACACAUGGUCCUCAAAUCCACCUUUGACAGCCUGGUGCAGCGCUGCCAGCUCGCAGCAGGAGACCCUCAAACAAAAAGGAAACUUGAUGACGCAGCCAAACGUUUGGGAUUCCUGUAUGACAAGCUGAGGGAGCAGUCGCUCUCUCACAACAUCCUGAACGGGCUCCACGAGAUCAGCCGCUGUGUGGCAAGCCAGAACUACCAGCGCGGUCUGGAGGUCCACACCCAGGUGGUCAGCAGCAGCAACUUCAGUGAGAUCUCUGCCUUCAUGCCCAUCCUCAAAGUGGUCAUGACCAUCGCUAACAAGCUGGGCGUCUAACCCCGGGAACUCCACCAAUCAGACUUCAGUGUUAUCAUAUUGUUAUAUAUGUAUUUAUUUCUUUUUGACCUGAUGACGUGCUUUGAUAACAAGAAUAAUUACAGAUAAAAUUGCAGAUUGUGAUCUUCAUCACUCCAUACAUGUUCUCUCCCGGGGGACUCGGCUGAUUUGGGCAGUGAGGUGGAUUUCUGUAGAGAUGUGUCAAUGUUGCUGUGGUAAUUUUACGAUAAGAUGAAUGUACUCUGGAAGUUGUGAUUCUGUGUAAAUUCAACAGUUGAUGUAAUAUACGAAGCAAGUGGUGCGAAGCUUGAAUCGAGACGGUGUUUGUACAAGUAGGUGCAUUUUCAUAGUCCACAUUACACUCUACACCAGUGCGUAGUUUUCCUCUCAUUUCAGCAGUAGUCAAAAAAAAAAUUGUGAUUGAAUGCAUGCUGUGCUCCAGCUGCAGAAACAAAACAUUUGGGAGUAGCAACUCUUACAUCUGAGGUAGGGGUGAGAAUUGUGUGAAUAAAAUUUGAGUUGCACUAAUUAUCUAUCUGUAUGAGGGAGGAAGAGACUGAUGCUCAUGUUUUUUUUUUUUUUACCAAGCGAGCGUCAUUACACAACAAGCAUUUAAAAAAAAAAAUACUGUAACAUACUUACUGAUUGUUCUCUUCACCUGCUGUAACAGAUUGUGUCCAGUUCAUUGUGCCAUGAGGGGUUUUGGGCCAAAGCACUGCAGAAGGAUGUCAUACAAGUUGCUGUUUUUGUUUUUUUUUUUCUUUCUUCAUUUUGUGUUAACUAAACCCUAAUAGCACUGUUCUUUCCCAGUAACUCGUGUGACUGACUGAGUGUAAUUGACUUGUUUCCUUUCACUCUCACACUUGCUUCAGUGUGCAUGUUUCCUAUGUUAACUCCUUCACUGACUGCUGAGGUCACAUGGCUGCUCGCAAACAAAAAUUACACUCAUUUAUGUUUGAACUGACGAUUAAUUAACAUCCUCGCUACUCCCUCAUGCUUAUACUCGUCUUUCUACCCAGGUUACAUCUUAUCCUUUUGUAACUGAAUGAUUUUUUUUUUAAUCAUACUUGUUUUAGAUUAGAUCAUACAACCUUAAUGAACAGUCAAAUGGAAAAAAACCAACAUGAUUUUCUGAGGUUUGUAGCUGGACAUAAAGCUGGAUAGUUUGGUGUAUCAUGGCAGCAGAAGGCAGUAAAGUGCCUCCGUGUGCUCAUUUUGGUUGCACAGAUAUUUAUACAAUCCAUGUUGCUUACUUUACUCAUUUCGGUAUCUUUUUCAAAUAAAAUUCCUCUUCAGUGGG